CUGCAGGAAAAGUCAGGCUGCGAAAUCGAGCAAAGACUAAUCGCUCAUCUGCUAUUCCUCGGCCCAACUGUGAAGAGCAAACUCCGGCAUGUAUGCAACUCUACGUCGUUAAAAUGAACAGCUUUUUUAUUUUCCCGGUACUUACCUGAAUAUAAACGUGAGGCAGGAUUCGAGUCUGUUGUUCAUAAGCGGCGGCUAUGAAUGGAAGAAAUAUACGCUGUCAGUUUAGUAGCAUGCUAGCUAGCUGUAGCUGAUUGCUAAUGUGGUGCUAACGCAAAUCCAUUUGGCUUCACAGUAUUAUUUGCUGCAGUUUGUAACGUAACUUUAAGAUAUCCACUUACGUAAACAUGAUGUGUUGUAGCUAAUAUACCUGUUUACUUAGUCGGUGGACAAAUGCUGCUGAUAAAUACGUUUAUAUGUAGUUAGUGUUGACACUACACCGUGUAGCCUGGUAACUUAACGUUACUGUUUGCUACCAAUGUGUACAGUUACCCUGCUAGCCACGUAAACUGCUCCUGCUUGGUGUUGACGUAGCAGCAGCCGCUUGCCUGUCCUGUCAAGCUAGUUCUAUUUUAUAUGAAUUAGGAGCACCAAGUCAUUGACAGUCUGCCUAAUAAACCAAGACAUCCUGAAGACUCGAACUCCACCGAGGACAUGUACAAUUGUGACUCAAAAUGCUGUAGCUGGACUUGAACGUGUGGCUCGUUGGGUUCUUGGUCCUGUUGCAUUGAGCGGAUGAUGAAGCGGGUCAUCUGGCUGAUAUCAGGAUUAAACAGAAGAAUGAUGAAGCUACUUUUUGCCCUCGCUUUGAUCGCCUACAUUGCCUCUGUCUGGGGAACAUAUACGAACAUGAGAUCAAUACAAGAACACGGAGAAAUGAAGAUUGAGCAGAGGAUUGAUGAAGCUGUGGCUCCUCUCCGAGAGAAGAUUCGUGAUCUGGAACAAAGUUUUUCUCAGAAAUACCCACCUGUGAAAUUCCUGUCAGAAAAGGAUCGGAAGAGAAUUUUGAUCACUGGUGGGGCUGGUUUUGUUGGUUCCCAUCUGACUGACAAACUGAUGAUGGAUGGCCAUGAGGUGACAGUGGUGGACAACUUCUUCACAGGAAGGAAAAGGAAUGUGGAGCACUGGAUUGGACAUGAAAACUUUGAGCUCAUCAAUCAUGAUGUGGUGGAGCCUCUCUAUAUUGAGGUGGACCAGAUCUAUCACCUGGCGUCUCCAGCCUCCCCUCCCAACUACAUGUACAAUCCCAUCAAAACACUCAAGACCAACACCAUUGGCACUCUUAACAUGCUUGGUUUGGCCAAACGUGUGGGCGCCAGACUUCUCCUGGCUUCUACUUCUGAGGUUUAUGGAGAUCCAGAGGUACACCCACAAAAUGAGGAGUACUGGGGGCAUGUGAAUCCAAUUGGUCCUCGUGCGUGCUACGAUGAGGGGAAGCGUGUAGCAGAGACCAUGUGUUAUGCCUACAUGAAACAGGAAGGAGUAGAGGUGAGGGUAGCGAGAAUCUUCAACACGUUUGGCUCCCGAAUGCACAUGAACGAUGGACGAGUUGUCAGCAACUUCAUCCUGCAGGCUUUACAGGGAGAACCUCUCACUGUGUAUGGUUCUGGUUCCCAAACAAGAGCCUUUCAGUAUGUAAGCGAUCUGGUCAACGGCCUGGUGUUGUUGAUGAACAGUAACAUCAGCAGUCCAGUCAAUCUGGGGAACCCAGAGGAACACACCAUAUUGGAGUUUGCUCGUCUCAUCAAAAGUCUAGUCGUGAGCCAAAGUCAGAUCCAGUUCCUUCCAGAGGCACAGGACGACCCACAGAGGAGAAGACCUGACAUCCGAAAAGCCAAGAUGAUGCUGGGCUGGGAGCCGGUGGUGCCCCUGGAGGAAGGCUUGAACAAAACGAUCCAGUACUUCAGCAGGGAACUCGAGCACCAGGCCAACAACCAGUACAUCCCCAAACCUAAAGCCGCCCGCAUGAAGAAAGGACGACCCAGACACAACUGAGGUCGGGAUUCCCACCACAGACUCCCAAAACACAGAAGGAUGUUAAGACUCCUCAGAGGACCCUCGAAAAGCAACAGUUUUCUAAAAUACAUUGUUGAAUAUAGCACUGGGAAAUGGUGUCUUUUAGUAAAGUAGAGAAAAACUUUCUCUUUAAAAAAUGUUGUGUUGCCUUGCGUUGGAGCUGCACUGCGAAGAGCUUUCCAUACAGGAGCUUGCGUGUUGGAUGGACAAGCUUGGAUCAAAAACAGACAUUUCAGGCAAGAAAUCUGAAACCCAGCCUACAUUUUAUUUGUGAAUUUGUGUUUUUCAUAUUUAAAUUGCAGACAUAAGAAUCUUGCAAACAGCUCGCACUGUGCAUCAGUGCUUUGUGUUUAUUUAACCAGUUUCAUGGUGUUUUGUCUCCAGAGGUGAGCUACCUGACUUACACUUCCACUGGAUGUUUUGUCUUCUUAUCAGUGGCGUUCUGUUCAUGCAGCGCACUGCAGGACUGGGCAAAUCCUCUAGAAGACUGUUACACCAUCAUUAGGUGUUUAUCAGAAACUUGUGUUCUACUUUGUGAUAAAUCUCAUGUCAGGGUGUGCAUUAUCAAUUUCAGAUAAAGAUGCUAUUUUUAAAAA